AUGUCUUAAAAUUUAACUUAUAAAUCACAAGAAGACAUCAAAUUUGAUGAAGACUUAGAAAAAAUAUUAGAUAAGUUCAUAAUUAAAUUGUGUUGUGCUUUAUUUAUGGACUUUUUAGGGCUAUUGCUGAUGUUUUUGGUGUUCGAUUUUUCUUUUUCAACUUAUAUUUUUGGAUUCAGCUUAGUAAAUACAAUAUUUGAAUUUCUAUAAAUCAACGAUAUCAGAUAUCCUUUAAGGGCAAUAGUAGGAGUCGCUUGUAUUGUUAUGGCAAUCAUUGGGUUCAACAUAAUUGGGUCAAUUUUAGCUGGAAUCAAAAACAGAAAAAAUCCUUAUAUUUAUCUAAAGGGUGCUUUCAAUAGAUAUGUGGGGAAGAUUAGAGAGGCCAAGUUUAAGAGAAAUUGA